UGUUUUUUUGUCUCAUUUUAGUUUUAGAAAUGGUCAAAUCUCCUCAGUGACCGCCACGUAUGGACUGCAGGUGGAUCAGAUGAAAUGCUGUAACGACAGUCGAAACCAAUCGCUGCUGUGGGAGGUGCAACGGUUCUUAAAAACACAACUCGCUAGAUAAAUACAAAGCAUUUCCGCCUGACUCCGGAUCACCGUCUACAACGGAUCACACUGAGCUUGACACUUGAAAAGGGCUGCCCCAAAAUGAAGAACCUGCUUCAGUUCUUCGUCUGUCUCAUCGUUGCCCUCGAAACAAACGGGGCUGAGAAAGUGAUUUAUCUUCGUGUUGGAGACGAUGUUAAACUGGAUUCUUCAUAUCUCCCCAUAAAUUAUUACGUGCGCUGGUUCUUUGAAAAAGAGGAUGGGCUUGAGCUUGCCGACACUUCCUAUUUAGGUAGAAAACAAGUUAAUCCGGAUUCUGGUGAAAUCUGGACCAGAAGGUUGACCAUCUCUCCCAAUAGUCUGACCAUCAAUGACAUGCAAGAGGAAAACUUUGGAACCAUCAUCUGCAUAGUGAAAGAUGGUUCUACACGAUAUGACACAUUCAAAUUUCACCUGAUCAAAGUCACGGUGAGUAUAAAGGAACAACUACCAGUGAUCCCUGGACAUUCUCUGUCUCUGAACUGCGAUGCUGAGACUCGGAGACAACACUCCAUUUAUUGGUUAAAACCAACGGGCCGCAAAGCGACUUCUGUCCGUGGAUCAGUCACAAAGACCGCUGAAAGCCAAGACAAUGGAGAGUGGGAGUGUGUUGUGAAAGAUAAUGGAAAAGAGAGCAGAUUCAAAUUUCCUGUUUCUGUUGUUGACUUCUCCUCUGCAUCCAAAUAUGUUUACACAUCUACAAACCUCCCUCUUAGCCUUCCUUUUCGGAUUACUCCCAAAGAGUUUGUGCAAAAAAUACCGUCUGAGGUUGAGACAGUUGAGUGGCUCGUCACCCCGAAAACAUCUUCCAGUCAACAGACUAUCUUCUCCUUCUCACCAAAGAAUGGACAGCUGAAACAGGAGGAUCCAGCCAGAGAACUGAGCUAUAAAAACUUCACAGCUGAUGGAAGUUUUUCACUGUACAAAAAUCUGGCGAAGGUAGAAGACAGAGGGACCUACAAUUGCUCCAUCACAUUUAAAAAUGGCUACAUGGUCAGCAGGACUCUGGUCGUAGAAGUGGUGGAAAUCACCCCCUCCCCAGGAACGGAGUUAAUUUCAGGCCACCACCUGAACCUGUCCUGCUCCACCGGCGGUCCUCUGGAAACUGGCGUCAUGGUGAAAUGGGUCCCCCCUGAAACAUCAUCCCUGGCUAAAGCCAAUCUUUCGUCCGGUCACCUGAUCAUCCCGAGAGUGGGAACGGAGGACUCUGGAAAGUGGAGGUGUGAUCUGAGGCGGAGCACGACGACGCUGACGUCAGCUGUGAUAACUCUGAAGAUCGACCCCAUUCUCACUGUGUGGAUGAUAGUGACCAUAUGCGCUGCUGGAGUCAUCCUAAUCCUCCUCCUCGUUCUAGCUUUCAUCCUCUUCAGGCGCAGACAGCACAAGAUGAGACAGCUCAGGCACCGACUCUGCAAGUGCAAAAACCCAAAGCCUAAAGGUUUCUACAAGGCCUGACAGUUGGGACGUUCACAGCAGGACAUCAGGGCGUCAUGCAAACAAUUCUGUCCCAAACGGACCCUCGUCGUUUCUGAACUGUGCUAACUGUCUUUCAUGCGCUGAAGGAGAGACAGAAGAAACGGAAGCUUGCAGACAUUGAUAAAAUGAAAAGAGAGAGAAAACAAAUGUAAAAAUUGUACAUAUCCACCACUUUUUCUUACCUUUUUGGAUUGUUUUUUACUGACAAUGGUCAUUUCAACCAGAUCAGAUAUUUGCUGUUUUUAACUUUGCAUCUCUUAAUUAAAAUGAAUCAGCUUGGAAACAGUGUUAACUACUUUUCCAACAAAUGAUUUUAAGUAUUUUUUUUUAAAUGUGACCAAUAAUUGAUAUAUAUCAACCAGAGAUCAAUGCUUGCUACUUUGGCUUCACCAGUGAUCAUAAUUUUCCAUAUUUUGCUAAAGUAAACUUUGUUCAACAGGGAUAAGAACCACAAUCAGUGGAAAUACAAUAUAAUUAAAAUUUUUCAGAAAAUAAAAUACUAAACAAUUAGAUUAUACAAAUUAUUUGAACACACUGAACGAUAUUUAUUGUCAUGAUUUGUAGAAAUAAUUAAAAACUUUGAGAUUCAAACUGAGAUGUUUGUAGAUUUGAUAUAAAAUGGAAGGAGGUUGGCUGAAAUGCCAGCCGUUGUUACCAGCCAUUCAAAAGAGUCGAGACAAUCUUUUAAAUUUAAAAUCAGAAUAUAUUUGUCUAAAAAAAUAUUUAAAUUCUAUUUGUACAAAAAUAGCAUAGAGACUAUAAAAGGACUGCGUCUUGAUUGGUCAUAUGCAUCAAUUUUAAGUGUUCAGACCACAAACAGGCAGCAGGUUUUUUCUUUUUUUUUUUUUUUUUUUUGCUAUUUAUAUUUACAUUUUAAAGAAACUACAGUGGUUUAGGGUUAUUUCAGUAGUUUUAAAAAAGUCACUUUAACGAUCCAUGGAGGAUUUUGUCUUUUCUGCCAGUCAGACAAAAUGGAUUUUAAUCCUUUUUUUCUCUGCACAGAAGCGUUUAAUGUUUCCCUGAAGGACUUUUAAAUAUUAAACCAUAUAGAUUAGUGAUUCUUUGGAGUUUAUAUUUGCUUUUCUGUAAUGACUGACAGUUUACAGCCUUUCCCUCACUGUUAAUUGCUUCCCGAUUGUACCUCCUGACAGCCUUACUGAUGUUGACAUGCUGUCUUUAUAUUGUUUCCAAUUUUAAUUUAAAUCCAGCAAUAAGUUUUGUUGAUUUUUGUUGUGUUUGUUUUUUUUGGAAAUCAUUUUGUUUUACUCUCUCUUUAAUAGGGUCAGAAUCUUUUGUAGUCAGAAAAUUGUACUUAAGAUGUAACAUAUUUGUAAUAUUGUGAAUUUAUCAUUGUGGAAACACUGUUUUUGUAAUUUUAAGUGUCUUGUCAUGUAAUGUGUAUUUUCAAUUAUAUUUUAUCUGUUCAUGAUAUAGUUAUUCAAUUAUAUAAAAAAAUAUACUCAACAUAUUUUCUUUUUGUACACAUGGUGAUACUUUAUUUCCCAAAAGAAAAAACAAGACGAUUUUUAUAGAAACAUAAAGUUGAUUUAAAGGUGAAGCUGUAACAUGAUGACUGUAUUGUGAGAUUUUUCAAUAAAGGAACAGUAUGCA